AUGAAGAAUGGGCGUUUCCAUCAUAUAACGCCACAUGAGCAAGCUCGGACUCUGCUGACACAUGCGUCCGCUGCGAGUCUCAGCUAUCUCAUUCUCGGCUUCCUCUUCCAAGUACUGACCAUGCUGGCUUUGCGCUUUGCCCGGAGAAGGGGCUUGCGAAAGGCGGAGAUGGUUCUGUAUCUGAAUGGAAUUCUCUUUAAGGAGGAGCGCGCAGCUUGCUCCGUGAUUUGCGCAUGGGCGGUGAACUUCUCGUGGUGGAGUCCGCCACAGGAGACUCGGAUCCUCCUGGCCCGGCCCUGCGUUUGCAUCCUGCUCCUUUUGUUCUGCAACGCUCUCAAGAAGAUCUUAGAGUUCUCUUUCCUGCGCAGCAAGUUGGCCUUAAACUUCGAGUCAGACGUCCUUGUUAAUGCCUUCGAGCUUGCUGCCCUGGAGCGCGUUGCAGACUUUGCUUGCCUCGAGGAGCAGCCCAAUCAGCUGACCCAGACGCUUCAGCAGACGCCUGUGCUCCCACUGCUCCAGGACCCACACGCCUUCGAAAAGCUCACGGCGGAGCACCUUCGAAAAGCCUAUGGCAAAGGGCAGAAGGUCACGGUCUCGCGGCUUCAGUCCACGUCCAACGUCCUGCGCACCCAAGCACCUGCAGCCUGGUUGGUCAAAGUCAGCCGCGCGCCCGAGCUUUUCCGAGCGCUGCAGAACUCCUCUACAACCAUGUUCUUUAUGCGGAUGGAGGGCAAGUUCGCGGACAUCGAAGACGCAGCCCGUCGGGUCUUCGCCAAGCUAGUCGGGCAGCCAGACGCGGCGAUAGACGACCUGGCGUCGGACACGAUGACACUGACGGAAGGUGGCAGUGAUGCUUUCGCAUCCCGCAAGACGAGCGAGAAGGCACCGGAGCCGGGCAAGGGGCUCUCCUUCACGGAUAUCCUCAGCAUCAUGCCGACGGACGAUGCAAACAUGACCUGGCAGUUGCUCACCGGUCGCAGCGGCGCUGGGGAGGUCUUCGAGUCAGAUUGGACCUCAGCCGUCCGAGGAGCUUUUGAACGCUUCCACAUGAUCGCCGCGACUGUAAAAGACUAUGCCGCCAUCUGGCUGGUCUUCAGUAAUGUCGUCUACGUGGUCCAGCUCAUCCUCUCGUCUGCGAUUAUUCUCGGCACCUUCUUCCCGGCGGAGGUCUUGCGAACUCUUUGCAUUAGCAUGUCGACCGUGGCACUGGGAUUGUCCUUCAUCUUCGGCAACCUCCUGAAAGAAAUCUUCGAGAGCGUGGUUCUGUUACUGGUGAUGCACCCUUACGACGUGGGUGAUCGAAUACAGCUUGGUGACGGUGAUACCCUUAGGAUAUACACUGUCCAGAAGAUCAACAGCAUGACCACGGAAGUGCGCGACUUGGCCAACCACUGCAUCUAUCUGAAGAACAACGCUUUGUACAACGAGGCAAGUCUCGUGAAUCUCGGCCGGUCUCUCAAUGCUGUGGUCGAAAUCGGCGUCACCUUCCAGACCUCGGAAAUGUCGUCGACUGUAUCAUACAGGAUCAACCAGUACGUCAACCUGUACGUCCAGGAGCAUGCACAUGCUUGGGUGCCUUCCUAUGUGCGGAGCUUCUCUCCAGUGGAACGAGGCCGUGCCAACUGCGAUCUUGCCGGAGCUGUGACACAUUGCGUACGCAUCAUGCACCGACAGCCCUGGCAAAACAUCCGCGACAUACGGCGCGACACUACAGAGCUGAUGUACAAGAUCUUGGGCCAGCUUCACAGCUGGGGUGUCGACUUCCGCAACACGCCACAGCCCGUCCACAUCGAGACCAACGUGUCGAAGGAAGAGGCAGAUGGAUCCGACAAGGUGGGUGCCACGCCGAAGGUGGGUGUGGAGCUCUUGCGCACUUCGUCGCAGGAUUUAUCCUAUUCCUCCGGAGUGUCGCCGGCAUAUUGGGCGCGGCUGACGACCGGGCGCUAG